AUGCUCUCACGCACGAUGUCUUCGUUGAGCCGCAUGGCUCCGCAGGCUCUAGCCGGCAGUACCAACGUGACGCCGACCCGCAACUACGUGAUCGCCGCUCCUCGCCCACCCACGGAGCUUGCGAAGAAGCUCAAAGUGACGAUCAUUCCCGGAGACGGAGUAGGACCCGAGCUCAUCUACACUGUCCAGGAUAUCGUCAAGAACACCGGAAUCCCCAUUGAAUUCGAAGGUGAGUUGGUUACAAGCGUACAAGAGGGUGUUAGCAAAGCUGAUCGGAGUUGAAGGGUACUGAGGUUGCGUCAUUCGUUGACUAGAACAUCACUUGAUUGCUAUGAACUGGGAGCGUCUCAUGCUUCGAAUAGCAAACCUAUUCGAACCUGUUGGGUGUGAUUGGUGUGGACACCAAUCACAGCACAACUUCAGAAAUUUGGCAAUAGUGCUGAAUGAGGUGAUCAGUUGGUUUUCCGCUGGAUCAAAGACGGGGCGUGAUAAAAGAAUACGGUUCCUAAUGCGUCUAUGUCUCAACAUUUAGAGAGCUGAAGUGAAUAUAUAUGUAUAUGAAUCCAACAAUCAUAAUCAACAACAAUUAUUUCAGAGGUCUUCCUGUCUGAGGUUCACUACACCCGCUCGUCUUCGAUCGAAAACGCUGUUGAGUCGAUCGCGCGCAACAACAACGUCGCUUUGAAGGGAGCUAUUGAAGAGUCGGCCGUCCUCCACACGGAAGGAGAGCUCCAAGGACUCAACAUGCGUUUGAGACGCUCUCUCGACUUGUUCGCCAACGUCGUUCACAUCAAGGUACGGUAUGAAACAUAACAGGAAAAAGUAUGAAACAAGGAAAAUAACUGCGAGCGUGAGAAAGAAAAAGGAGUAAAUCCAAAUGACUGAGUGCUUAGUAGAAGUGCCACUAGCCAAUUUGAGGAGCCGACUCCUCUCUUGCGCUUGUUGAAAUUUGACCAAUUACUCACUAAUUGUGUCAAUUUCAGACGCUCGACGGAAUCAAGACGAGACACGGAAAACAUCUGGACUUUGUGAUUGUCCGUGAGCAGACGGAAGGAGAGUACUCCAGCUUGGAGCACCAACUGGUUCCGGGAGUCAUCGAGUGCCUCAAGAUUUCGACGAGAGUCAAAGCUGAGCGCAUUGCCAAGUUUGCCUUCGAUUAUGCUACCAAGACCGGCAGAAAGAAGGUAAGCAGAGGAUAAAUUAACAUGAUGGGAAGCGUGUUGAGGAAGUUCAGCUGGUGUGGUGGUCAAUCUGUUCCCAUGACAACUGGAGAACAUUAUUAAACCGAACAGGGGACCAGACCCCAAUUCUGUAGCAUUCAUGUACAGGCUCAGUAAAAUAAAGGGGACAGUAUUUCAUCACAGCAAUAUAUUUUCAGGUCACCGCUGUCCACAAGGCCAACAUCAUGAAGCUCGGAGACGGACUCUUCUUGAGAACUUGCGAGUCGGUUGCCAAGCAGUACCCGAAGAUUCAGUUCGAGUCGAUGAUCAUCGACAACACUUGCAUGCAGCUCGUCUCAAAGCCGGAGCAAUUUGACGUCAUGGUCAUGCCCAACUUGUACGGAAACAUCAUUGACAACUUGGCUGCCGGGUAAGAUUAUCCAUAUCGAGGAUUCAUGAUUCAACGGGCUAUUUCAGACUUGUCGGAGGAGCCGGAGUCGUCCCCGGUCAAUCGGUCGGACGCGAUUUUGUCAUUUUCGAGCCAGGAAGUCGCCACUCUUUCCAGGAGGCCAUGGGACGUUCCAUCGCCAACCCGACCGCAAUGAUCUUGUGCGCGGCCAACAUGCUCAACCACUUGCAUUUGGACGCCUGGGGCAACUCGCUCCGUCAGGCUGUUACGGAUGUCGUCAAAGAGGGCAAAGUCCGCACUCGUGACUUGGGAGGGUGCGUGAGAGUUGGGAAAUAAAAAAAAAGAAGGAAAAGGGAACGAGAUAUGUGAAGCGUACAGGUAUAAGAAGAAAGCAACUGACGCGCGCAAGAUGUCUUACUUUCGGCAAGUUCCAGCUACAAAAUGGGUUGGAAAAUUGAUGAAGAGCGCUUACACACUUAGAAACAAAGAGACAUUCAUCGAGAUUGUUUGAUUUCCAACUUUCCCCCAACCAGAUUGAAAAAAGCAUCUAAAUCUAACUUUUGAUCGACUUCAGUCAGUCCUGGGGACUAUUGCCAUUACGUGUCAAACUCACUAAAUUUGAGCAACAAAUUUUGAGCUAGAAAAUGCAAAUAUUGCAAGCCUUUACAAGUCGGAACAAAGUUUUCCUAGGCGGAAUGUGCGUACUCACUCAAAAAAGCGUUUCAUUUUCCGGUUUUCAGUCGUUUCGCUUCUUCUUCACAUGACAUUUAAAAAAAGAAGAAAAGAAGAGAGCCUCUUCUUUUUUGCCUACUCGUCACCCUUUCCUCUAGAAUACCCAUAAAAACACUUUUCUUCAACGUUUUCAUUCUCUCUUUUUUCAGUUACGCUUCCACGAUCGACUUUGCUGACGCGAUCAUCGACAAGUUCCGCAUCUAA